AUGAUUCGCUCAUUUAUCAAGAGUACAAAACAUCAUUUCUCCCAGCAAGAAGACAAGAAGCUUAGAAACCUUGUGGCUGAGUAUGGAAUUCAUGAUUGGAUAAGUAUCUCUAAAAACAUGCCUGGUAGAAAUCAAAGACAAUGUAAAGAUCGUUGGAUGAAAUUCUUAUCACCUGACAUUAAUAGAAAACCAUUUACAAAAGAAGAAGAUGAUUUAAUUAUAGCAGAAUAUAAUAAAAUUGGCCCACAAUGGGUAAGAAUUACUGCAUUACUUCCUGGUAGAUCAGAUGCAAGUGUGAAAGCUAGAUAUAAAUUACUUACAAGAACAAGAACUCCAAGAAAGAAAAAGAUUUGCAGAGAAAUGCAUAAGGAAUUAAAAUUAGAACCUAGAGCUAAUUUUUCAAGUCCUGAAGAAACAUUUCCUGCUUUAAAUGUAGACCUACCAAUGGUUGAUGAAAUUUUUGAUGAUUUAUUUGGUACUUUUGAAAUAUUUUAA